AUGUCCUGUCAGAUGAAGUUAAUAGAAAUGCAUAAUGUUGUGGUACUCUUUGUUCGUGAAGUAUAUCAGGCACAAUGCCGUGAGGAGAAGAUGGUGGAUGCUCGUAGUCGGAGGGAAGAUCUUGAUGGAACAAUUAUUGGCAUAAACUCUGUGAGCGUUUCACGCUCAAGGACUGCAAUCUGCCCUAUUAACCCCAAGUUCCUUCCUCAGUCUGAAGCUGAGUGGGAGACCUGCUUGAGGACUAUAUAUUGCACCAAUAUCAGCAAAAUUGUUUGCCACCUUAAGCUUCUGGAUAAUGAAGAUCGCUCCACAAAUAUAGCUUUUAUUGAGUUUGCUGAGGUUGAUGGUGCUAUUGCUGCUCUUAUGUCCGGCGGCAUUUACGUGGAUGGCAUUCCUAUCAGGAUGUGCCCACCCAAGAGCCCGAUAAGGACCUAUUGCUUUGGGAGCCCAACUGCGCUGGAAGGGACCAUUGGUGGAUACUAG